AUGUCAUGGUUGCGCAUGCGGAUCAGCCUGUUGAUUGUGGGGACCCUGAUCCUAUUGUGGGUUUUCCAUGCGAUUGGCAUGCUGGCUCUCCUAAAGGACAAUGACACGGAAACAAGUGCUCCAGUAAGGUCUCUGGCCAACGCCCCCUCUCUUGUGAGCAAAAUGAACGUCCCACUUGAGUCCCAGCUGGGGUGGAAAGCAACAUCGUGUAGCCCUGGUGCAUGGCUGCGCCAUAAGAAGCUGCUGCGGUACUGUCGGGAUCCAGCAGCGGUCAGCAUGCCCGUGUAUCCUGCGUACUGUGAGGCGAUUCUGCGUCCCGGCCCACCACCGUGUGGCUUCUUCAUUGGCGGGAUGUUCCGGGAGCCGCUGAGGGUGUUGCCGGUGGCUGCGCUGAGUCGGCUGCUCCGCGGCGGGGAUGCUGCGUGCGCCUCUCGUGCGACGUACGACGGCUCGCAAGGCAACUCCACACUUCUCGCCGUUGACACGGGUGACGUGCUUGUCCCCGCGUUCGAGGUGCGACCGUCCGCGUGCGCAAGCUACCGCUACUUCUCUCCGCGGGAGGCGUUGUCGAUUCUGCACCACGCGAGCAUUAGCCGCAACGGGCGUGGAAUCGUUGUGUCGGGUGACUCGAUGAUGCGGCACCUGCUGCUGCGGCUGGUGUUCUUCCUCAGGGGCGAGGAGGUAUUCUCCGAACACUACUUUCACAGCGACGCCGUGUAUGUUGUGUAUGAGGAGCGUGACGAGAUUCUCAUUCCCCCCAGAUGCACCCACCGGGCCCUAUUAGAGACGUACUUUCCUGGGUACAACGUGACGUCCCCCGAUGGGGCGCCUUGUGGCCUGUCGGCGCCGCUGACUGAGCGUGUAGUUGCCGCGUUCCUGUUCGUGUGGGAUGUUACGCCACGCCGCUUUCGUGAGGAUGUCUUCCUCAUUGAGAACCCGCCUGUUCAUUUAGCCGCCUUCAUGUACUGGUGGAAGCGUGGGGUGGACCACGCUGAUGAUAUUAGGCAGUACUUCACCCGCUUGAGGCGACGUGUGAGUGCGACUAAGAUGCACCGCGCCGUUACAACGGACUAUGUGUUCUACACAACGCCGUGGACUGACUCUCUGGCAGGUCAUGUUCUUCCUGAGGACGCUCGUGUGGUGCGAAACACACAUGCGCGUAGCAGCAUCAGAGAGAUGCAGAGAGAGCUGGGCGAGGAUGGCAAAAUGGGGCCGAGAUUCUCGCUGGUGGACUUUGCUGCCAUAGCAGAUGUGCGCCACGUAAAUCGCACGAUGGAUUUGCUGCAUUUUAUGUGUAAUUGGAUUCCGGAGUUCCCGAGGGAGGUGCAGAAGCAGAAAUAUAACGGCGUGGGCUGCAGGGACCCCACGAACCUUGCCGUUGUACAAUGGACGCUGCAUCUUCUAAUGGAAUUGUAA